AUGUCUAUACCCUUUACUGUUGCGGCAACCUCCCCAAGCAUGAGACCUCGCACUCCGCUGUACCGAUGGCUCGCUCUCUUUUUCAUUGUCGUCUUUAUCUACUACUACCUUCCGACGUCCACCGUCGUGUCAAUUCCUAGAUUCUCGACAUCAAAGGCCUCCGUAUACUCAUCGCCCAACAGUAGUGAAUUGAGCCAGGUCUCGUGGGUGAAGAGAGUCUUGAAGGACUACUCCAUCGGCCCCGAGAUCACGUAUGCCACGCGCACACUCCAAUACAUACCCGAUGCAAAAGACCGACCACUCUUGACCUCAGUCGACCACGAUCUUUUUGAAUACGGAUUUCAAGACCUCAGUCUCGAUACCAUAUCCUCUCUCCCCGAGGGGCCGUCUCUUGGCGUCCAUGUCAAGAAGCUUAUGCGGCCUAGCGAUGCCGACGGAUCAUCUCUGAUGAUCGGCGUUUCAACCACGUUUAAACGAUUCAAUGAUAAGGUCAAUGGGCCCAUAAAGGAGUGGGCGAGAUGGCUUACGGAUGGAAAGGGGGGUUCGAAUGGUGCUCAUCUGGUCCUGGCCUUGUUCCAGGUCACUAGCGGCGAGAUCAAUACCGCACGGCAGCAUCUGGCAGCUGCUGGCAUCAACGCAACAGUUAUCGCGUCAAAACGCGAUCUUGAUAUGCCAGGGCGAUAUGUCGAUCUUGUUCGAAUGCUCUAUACGCACCCCAUGCGUAGUCAGCGCAAGUACUUCGCUCUCAUCGAUGACGAUACCUUCUUUCCGUAUAUGUCCCAACUAGCGCUGACCCUCUCUGAGUACGACCAUAACAAACCAUAUUAUAUCGGUACCUUCACUGAGCGAGUUGAUUGGAUGCUCGCAAACCAUGUGCCUAUGGCCUACGGUGGUGGGGGAGUCUUCCUUACGACGCCUGUGGCCCAAAAAAUCGCUGAACUUCCCUGCCUUGAAAAGACACCGGAAGGGACAUACAUCCUCAAUGCUACAGAAGGAGACCGGCUGCUUUACAACUGUUUGCACAGCUAUACCGAAAUCACACUAACCCACCUUCCCUCACUACAUCAAGUAGACCAAUUUGGCGACCCCUCUGGCUUCUACGAGAGUGGGCAACAGCCACUCAGUCUGCAUCAUUACAAGUCCUGGCAUCAUGCUGAGCCCGCCAAGAUCCACCUUGUCGCCGAUGCCUGUGGAGAAGAUUGCGUUCUGCAGCGGUUUCAAUUCAAAGACAAUUUCGUCGUCGCCAAUGGCUUCAGCAUUGCCGAAUACCCGAAGGGGAUAGAUUUUGAUCUGGAGAAAGUUGAGGGUACGUUCGAAGUUCCUCAAGGCGACACCCAAGAUGUGCUCCUCAGCUAUUCUUUUGGAGACAUGAGGAAGAAUCUUGCUAAGUCGGGAAGGAAGCGUAGUUGGACGCUACUUGACUCGAGGACUGAGAGUGAGGGCAAGGUGCAGCAGAUAUAUGCAAAGAAGAAGGAUGAUAGCAGGUGGGUUGGAGUAGGGGAGCAACUUCCAGAGAGGGAUAGCGUGGCCGUCUUGACGUGGGUUCCAUGA